AUGGGGCCCCCCAAGAGGAGCCUGCGGAUGGUGGGUGCUGCAGAGACGCUCACUCAGAGCCCCCCCAGUGUCUCGGGGCGGGAGCUGACCCCCCAGGCCGGGACGGCCGAUCGCAGCUGGGGAAAGGGCGCGGGGCAGAGCUCACGGCCUCGCCAGGGCCGAGGGCACAGGCCGCAGGAGAGCAGGCCGCUGAGGACAGAUCGAGCCCUCUUCAGACAGAAGAGAAGGCGCUGGCGGACGUUACAGGUGCCUCACGAGGAGAGCGGCAUCUUGUUCCUCCAGGAGUCGAGGGAGGACGACCUGGAAGGCCAGGAGCUGGAGAGGGUGUCGGGGCGUCAGAAGACCGAGGCCAAGAGGGAACAAAACGAAGAGGGCCUGGGGGAGGAGAAGGGGGGGUGUGGGGGCCCCGCGGCCGUGGCACUGCCGCCGAACUGGAGACAGCGGGCCCUCCUGCUGCAGUUCCCGGCAGCGCCCUGGAUGCGUCCUCUGGUGUUUUCUGUCAGGCUGCAGACCUACACUCCCCCUCAGCCCCGGGUGUCGGGGCGGCAUGAAGAUGAAUUUUUGGAGUGUUUUCAGGCAAAUGGCGUACAAACCACAGACCAUGUCAGGACCGCAGAGCCGCUGCACUCCCUGACGGACGGGAGUCACUUCCGGGAGCGAGUCCUCCACGUCCUGACAGCCACGUGCUGA